GCAAGCAUGGCAGCUCUACAGUCUAUAUAAGGACCCUUCAACCUCCCCUUGUCAAUCGUGCAAUCCACUAAGUACUUCCCAGACAUCGAUCGGCAGCUAACCUCUCCUCCUUCAUACGUUCAAUCACCUCUGUACUAGAGAAGCUCCUAGAGCUGUCCUUUGUCAUGGCUUCUUCUUCCGUUCUCGCAACUCUGCUCGUCGUCCUGGCCGGCUGCGCCGCCGCGGCCUCCGCCGCCACGUUCACCGUCGGCGACACCCAAGGCUGGACCACCGGCGCCGAUUACACAGGCUGGACUAGCGGCAAGACCUUCGCCGUUGGAGACAAGCUCGUGUUCAACUACGCGAGCCAGGCGCACACGCUGGCGGAGGUGAGCAAGAGCGAGUACGAGGCCUGCUCCACGACCGCCGCCGUCGUCCCCAACAACGGCGGCUCCGCCACCGUCACCCUGUCCACCGCCGGCGACCACUACUACAUCUGCACCGUCGGCGCCCACUGCGCCUCCGGCGGCAUGAAGCUCGCCGUCACCGUCGCCGACUCCGGCUCCGGCUCCGGGACCACCCCGCCCGCCUCCGGCGGGUCGACGCCGCCCGCCACCACCACCCCGCCGUCCGGCUCCGCCGCGUCCGCCGCCGGCCCCGCCGUGCUCGCGGCCGCCGCCGCCGCCGUCCUUGUCAAGCUCGCCCUCUUCUGAUGAUCGAUCCCCAGGGAAGAGGCAGUGCAUGGAUUCUGUUGCUAGCUAGUUUGGCUCCACUGGAGCCGGAGAGCAGAGCGGUUGGUUUCACCUUGAGCGAUGGUGUAAUAUGAUUGGGUGUUUUUUUUCCCCUUGUUUCUUCAGACUUGUGUGGAUUAUUAUCUCUGAUAUUUCUUUCUACCUGAUAUAUAUAUGCUAGUGUCAAAUAAGGUUGGUUUUGGUCAUGCUGAGCAGACCAUGAGGUUUAA